CAUCUUCUUCCCUCUGGAAACCUCAGACUUCCCACACACCGCGGACCACUCAACUUCCAGAUUCGUUCCGCUGACACACAUUCUUGCCUCCAGCCAUUGCCAGUCGAGAAACUACCUUACGCAGCAGUCAAAUCACUUAAGCUUUUCGUCGUCUGCGCAUUCAGCGAUAAUGGCUUGAGAUCCCCUUGCAACCUUUUCUUCUUCUUUCUCUCUUAGACAUACUCGUUCCUGCCGCGCCACGGCUUCUACGUUAGAUUAAUCUCGUUCCAAUUGCGCAACCACGAUGGCUAUCCCUUUCAUUGGGCGAUUGAACAUCGUCGAAUAUGUAGCUCUAGUGGGGUCCUUCCUACUUGUCGGGCUCGAGGCUAUCAUCCGUAUCCUGACCUUGGCUCUGCCUUCGCCGCUCAUCUCGCUCUUCUAUAGAGCUUCCCGUCGCUUAUUUAACCGAUAUUCGACUCCGGAACAGAAGCGCGCCGAGCAAAAAAAGAAAUCCAUCUCCACCUCCGUGCGAGACGCCUCCGACUUUGUGGAUCUUUGCCGCCUGUACGGAUAUGAAGCUGAAGAGCAUGUCCUCCAGACCAAGGAUGGAUACUUGCUCGGUCUGCACCGCCUGGCAUGGAAGAAGGGCGAGGAGGAACAAAAGAUCAACAGCGGACCGGGAAGUCUGAAGAAGAAGGUCUUGUACCUACACCAUGGGCUGCUCAUGAACUCCGAGGUGUGGGUAUGCUUGACCGACGAGCAGCGAUGUCUUCCUUUUGUGCUCGUCGAGAAGGGCUAUGAUGUCUGGCUUGGCAACAACCGCGGCAACAAGUACUCCAAGAAGUCGGUGCAUCACUCGCCCAAGUCGACUGAUUUUUGGAACUUUUCCAUCGACGAAUUCGCCUUCCACGAUAUCCCGGACAGCAUCUCGUACAUCCUAGAGACAACUUCGCAGGAGAGCUUGUCGUACAUCGGCUUCUCUCAGGGGACCGCGCAGGCAUUUGCCACCCUUGCUAUCCAUCCCAAGCUGAACCAGCAGGUCAAUGUCUUCAUUGCCUUGGCGCCGGCCAUGUCGCCAGCAGGUCUUUCGAACGGAAUCGUCGACGCUCUGAUUAAAGCCUCACCCCAGGUUCUGUUCCUCCUCUUCGGCCGCCGAUCCAUCCUCAGCUCCGCCACCAUGUGGCAGUCCAUUCUUUACCCGCCCAUCUUUGUUAGAGUCAUCGAUAUGGGUCUUUCCUUUUUGUUCAAUUGGCAGACGAAGAACAUCACACUCAGCCAAAAGCUUGCGGCGUAUCCUCAUCUGUACUCCUUCACUAGCACAAAGAGUGUGGUUCACUGGUUCCAGAUCAUUCGGAACAAGUCGUUCCAAAUGUACGAUGACGAUGUCCACCCGCCCAUGUCGAUAAGCUCUUCCAGCAAGUACACCAAGGUCGCCAAAUACCCCACACGCAAUAUCAAGACGCCCAUCGUUCUUGUUUACGGCGGUAGCGAUUCGUUGGUCGACAUCAAAGUCAUGCUCAAGGAGCUCCCCACCCAGACAAUCGCCACCGAGAUCCCUCACUAUGAGCACCUCGACUUCCUAUGGGGUAAAGACAACAACGUCCAGGUGUUCCCUCACGUUUUCGAUGCUCUCGACAGUUUCACCGAUGCCCAACAUACCAAGGAGGAAUACGACCGCUACCAGCUGGCAAGACAAGAGAGUCUUAUGGGCUCCGGGAAUGCAUACAAGAGGCACGCUUAUAGAGAUAGCGAUGUUUCUGGCGAUGUCUCUGCCAGCGAAGCCUCCAAUGCUGUGGAUGAGGGCCGAAACGGCAACGGUGUUGAGACUGUGGAGAGACCGACUUCCCAAAAUAAGACCCGUGACCGUCCUUCUGGGAUCCCUUCCCCGUAUAACACCACCCGCCUGCGUACUCCAUACUCCCAAGUUGCAGCCGACGACGAGUCGCCGUCACCCUCUCCAGAUAGGCCAUCCAGCCGCGCGGCCGAAGGCGAAGAGCGACCGGACAGCUCGUUGAGCCACCGCGAGUCUCCAACGUCCAAGCUUAAGGGCAUCGGCGUUCGGCGCGGAAGCGGAGGCAGCCACCUGAGCCUGGAUAGUAUGCGCGAGGGACGGGGUAUCAGUCUCGGGACGAGUAAGGCCCUGGGCGGCGUGGUCACGAAGAAUCCCAUUGAUCCCAAGGGGCUUCCUGAUGAGAGCAAGACCGGUGGGAAAAAGAAGAAGCGCGUGACGGUUGCGCCGUAGGCCUUGGAUGUCAAGGGCUUCGGAGGUGUAGGAUAUGGAUUGGACCAAGGCGGCAAAACAGCACAUCUUUUGUAGUGUAAUGUAUUCACCGUACUCGCCCUGAUUGGACCAGACGGCGAACUGAUUCCUAGUGUUUCACUUGUCUCUAUCAUUUCUGAGGUCUUCCACCACGUCUGUACCCAACAAUUCAAGACGCGCACCUCAAUAAUUGAGCCAAGUGCCAAAGCUUUCCUGCUCAUUGUUUGAUGCAACCUCUGCACGUGCUCAUCGAUCGGGAGCUCCCCCUCACCUGGCAAAAGUAUAUCUGUGUUGCGGGCCGAUAGGAUCAGUUACCUUGUGGAUUGCGGAGAACUACGUAGAAAAUUGGAUUAAGCUCAAGACUAGGGGAGUCUGGACGAACACCCUUGUAACCUCGCCGUCCCUGGUUACUUGAAGCGAUUUGACAGAUUAAGUAUGAAUGCUUUCGAUUUACCCAUGUUGAUCACGCAUGUAAUUAUGGUAACAAGAACGGCAUCUGUUAUGGCGC